AUCUACUAGAUCAACAUGGAGUUCGUUCCAAAUAAAGACGACACGAAAAUGGUCUCCAAAGUAAUUAGUUUUGAUGAGGUUGUUAAAACAUCAAUUGAAACAUUCCGGAACACAUUCGGCUCGGAGCCCGACAUUGCCGCCUGUGCACCGGGCCGUGUCAACCUGAUCGGAGAGCAUGUGGACUACAACGAUGGCUUCGUCCUGCCGAUGGCCCUGCCGAUGGUGACGGUGAUUGUCGGCAAGAAGAACUACACUGCCUCGUCGUGCGAUGUCCUGACCUGUUACGAUGGGGUCCACGAGGAAAAACGUGCCCAGUUCGAUAGCACCAACAUUGCCAAAGGUGCUCCAAAAUGGCUCAACUAUGUGAAGGGCGUCAUGUUCCAGUUUGGUCAAUCGGUUCCCGGUUUCAACGCAGUCGUACAUUCCAAUGUUCCCGUCGGUGGUGGUCUAUCGAGCAGCGCCGCCUUGGAGGUGGCCACCAUUACGUUUCUGCAGCAAUUGACAGCUAGGAAAAUAGAAAAGGAUAGCGAUAAGGCCCUGAUUUGCCAGAAAGCUGAGCAUACAUUUGCAAACAUGCCCUGUGGUAUCAUGGACCAGCUUAUCUCGGUCUGUGGCCAAAAGAACCGGGCAUUGUUGAUUGACUGUCGAAACCUCACCACGGAGCUGAUCCCCUUCGAAAUGUCUGGGCUGGCGGUGUUAAUUUGCAACUCGAACGUGAAACACGAACUGUCUUCUAGUGAAUACCCUGCCAGGCGUAAGCAGUGCCAACAAGCGCUGGAAAUGAUGGGACUUAAGAGCUACCGGGAAGCCACGGAGAAGAAUCUGGAAGCACUGAAAGGUGCCGAUGAAGUGCUGCUGAAACGGGCCCGUCACGUCAUCAGCGAGAUCAAGCGCACCGUCGCGGCAGCCGAGGCCUUGAGAGCAAAUGACUACGACCGGAUGGGAAAACUAAUGAACGAAUCGCACAAAUCUCUACGCGAUGACUUCAACGUUUCGUGCCACGAGCUGGACAUUCUGGUCGAAGCUACACUCGGCGCACCGGGUGUGCUGGGAACUCGGAUGACCGGAGGCGGCUUCGGUGGAUGCACCGUGACAUUACUACACAAGAGCGCCGUCGAGGAUGCCGUCAUGGAGAUCGAUACGAUUUAUUCUCGUAAGGUAGGUGGCAAAUACCGAGCUCGGUUCUACUUGGUCGAACCGGCUGAAGGUGCCAGGUUGAUUAAUUUGGAUCACUACUGGCGGUAGGUAAAUGAAAUAAGAGCAAUUGUAAGGCAGCAAACUGUUAGAUUUGAAUGAUUAUCAAAUAAAUUGGGAUUCUAUCGUUGAA